AUGGUCGUCGAGCCAGAAUGCCACGUCAUGAUCACAGAGCUUGCGACACCUUCUGCCCCUGAUCCCCAAUCUGCUCCAUGUCAUGUGACCGCCAUGCCCGAGUCUGCUCCGUGCCAUGUCCCAGCCAAGCUUCAGUCUGCUCCAUGCCAUGUCACAGGUUCACCUCUGGUCUAUGAGCCAAUGCCCACGCCUGCCACAGCCAACGAGCUAACGCCCACGCCUACCACGGCCAACGAGCCAAUGCCCACGCCUGCCACAGCCAACAAACCAGUAUUGCAAUCCUCUUCAGUCUCAGAGCCAGCAUUGCAAGCCUUGUCUGUCCCAGAGCCAGCUCUCACUGAGCUAUUAGACCUGGAGUUGGUUCCCGCCCUUGUGUCCACCCUGAGUACUCUUCCUCCUCCUCCUCCUCCUCAACCAUCGUCCCCUGUGACAUCUCAGACAAGGGUAACUUCCAACCCUCUGAGUCCACCUAGACCCUCCGAGCCCUGGAAUCUGCCUUGGCCCUCCGAUCCCUCAACAUCACCUCGGCUCUACUUUCACUCGGAUCCACCUUGGUCUCCCAGCCUAUCAGCUUCAGCGAGGUUCAUCAUCACUACAGCUACUCCUGGUCUGUCUAGCACCUGGCUCCGCCUUGGCUCUCCAAUCCUCCGGCUACGCCUUGGCUCUCCGAUCCUUCGACUCCACCGGAGACCUCCAUCCCUAUGACUCCGCCUUGGUUCUCAAUCCCAUUGGCUCCACCUCAGUCUACCGAUCC